ACAAUCACGCUCGGCUGGGUUCAUUCAUGUAAUGCUCGGCACGUUCCAGCCGGGCUCGGCUCGGCUCGGCAGUUUAAUUCUCGGCCCGGCCCGGCCCGGUUUGCUUCGUACGGCCGAAUCGAGGCCGGCACCGUUCCGCUCCGUUCGGCGCCGCCCGGCGGGGCUCCGCGGGCCGAUCCCGGUGCCGGUUUCGGCGCCGGUGCCGGUGCCUGUUUCGGCCGCGCUGACGCCGUGUCCCCCUCCCCCCGCAGGUCGGGACCCGCUGAGCGCCCUCGCGCAGCGCCCGGCGUCCAAGAAGCGGCGCAAGUCGCGCACGGCGUUCAGCAACCAGCAGCUCUUCGAGCUGGAGCGCCGCUUCGUGCGCCAGAAGUACCUGUCCCCCGCCGACCGCGACCAGCUGGCGCAGCGCCUGGCGCUCAGCUCCGCGCAGGUCAUCACCUGGUUCCAGAACCGCCGCGCCAAGCUCAAGCGCGACCUGGACGAGAUGCGCGCCGACGUGGCCUCGCUGCAGGCGCUGCGGCUGCGGGAGCCUCCCCCCGCCCCCCCCGGCCCCGCGGAGCUGUCCGAGGAGGAGAUCGACGUG